GCUCAAUUUCGUGAGUCCUUGGAUGAUCCGCCUGCUGUAGGUUACGCAGCCUGUAAAGGGACACAUACGAAAUGCAGAGCUGGAAUCAAGUAUAUCGCACUCUGGCAACGGUAAGGAAAAACAAUUACAUCAGUCGUUCAAGUUGUCUGGAAUAAAUAUGCGUAAAAGUGACAUACGUUGGAGAGUUAUCUCGGCUGUUAAUCAACGUGAUUUAUGAAGUCUAGGCCUUGCUAGCCACCUAGACUAGCUAUGCUGUUAAGGCCCUCCAACAUUACUCAUUAGCUAGCUAGCUAUAUACUAUCAGCUAGCUAGCUAGCUAGUACCAAGUUAGCUAGCUAACUAACUGUUAGUUGGCUCUUCCUAUAUUAUAUGUCCUCCCAAGCUAGCCUUACUAACUGCGUGAAUAAUUAAUUAAUAAUGUCAUUAUUGCUUUGUAAGAUAAAUUAGUUAACGUUAAUGUCAUUACGAAAUAAUCCAUUUUAAAUUAAGCUAAAUGAGCUAGCUAGCUACCACAGUCAACAAGCAUCCCAUGCCUUGCCAAUGACGAAGAUGACAUCAAGCCCGACCUACUGACAGCUGUCAAGCACGCGAACUUGUUUAUGUGGAUGUAAAGAGGACCAUCUUGCGCUCUGCGUGGACCGCUACCAAUGUUACAUAAUUGACUGACAAACUCAAGCACUCAACUUGAUUUGUAAAGUUAUUUGAUUCAUCAUAAAACACCGUUGUUAGCCAACAGCGUAUAUGUAGGUAAGCUAGAUACAUCUUCGAGCACUUUCACCAGUACUUGAUAGCUAGUAAGUUAACUAAGCUAGUACUGUAACUAGCUCAGCUUUCAACGACCUUAGAAUCAUCACAUACUCACUCACUGUAAUACUUGCAAUCCUGUUAAAGUUCAGAUUGUAUUGGCCUUUGCAGGAUUUUGUCUCGCAUUCUAGAGUAUUGAAUAAAAAACUAAACAUUAACUGACUUCUUGACAUGGAUGACAACUACAACAUCACACAGCAGAACCAUAUACAACACAAGCUGACAUUAAAGUCCAAAUCUGUCUGCUCACUGUCCCAAUUUGUGUCCUCUCCUAACAUACAGCGGAGCCACCAACUCCCGAAUAGGCUUCAGGGUGCAACUGUUCUCUCCGUCAGAACAUACGCUGACAAAGCACAGAGUAAGGCAACAUUUCACUCCAACGCCCAAUUAGCUAAUCAGAGGUGCUGCUCUUAUGAAACUGAAUCCCAACAUAUACACAAUGUGAAUACAAUAUCAACUUGUUGCCCUUCUGAUAAACAUGUUCUUUGCUCUCCUACAGUUGAUGCUGAUGUCACAGUGGUGGGCUCUGGUCCUGGUGGAUAUGUUGCUGCAAUCAAAGCAGCCCAGCUUGGUUUCAAGGUAAAAUUAGGCCUCAAUGUAUACCUUCUGCUUCAAUCGAAUGUUCGCUCCCGUCCGCACAGGGCUCUGCGUCCAUGUCUGUGCACCUCCCUGGAAAAGUGAGAUUUCGGAGUAUGUGCAGAGGUGCCGUCAAGUGCGGACGUUUUGCUAUUGCAUGAUUUUGUUCAAGCGGACCUAGCGCAAGGUGUAAAUAAGGCUUAUCCCUUAUUGAAAGUGAUGCCCAUCUUGUCAUAAUUGUUCACCAACUUCGUUUUCUACUACAGACGGUGUGUGUGGAAAAGAAUCCCACCCUAGGCGGGACUUGUUUGAAUGUCGGCUGUAUCCCCUCAAAGGUAAACAUUGGGAAUGAGGAGUUCAUAGAACUUUUGCUGGAUCUUAUUGCGCAACACUGUGACUGUGCAACUUCAUCUUUGCGAGUUGUUGAAUAAUGUAACAUGUCUGUUGUUUCCCUUGUCACCUUGUAUAGGCCCUGCUGAACAACUCCUAUCUGUACCACCAGGCCCAUGGCAAAGACUUCGAAAGCAGGGGCAUUGAAAGUAAGAGUCCACAUCAGUUAGAGCAGUGGUCACCAACAGCCCUGGUCCUAGAGAGCUGAAGGGUGUGCACAGGCUUUCGCUCCAGUCAAGUCUUUGGGCAUGCCAGUAACAAACAUUUACUUGAGACUCUCGCUCUCUCUCUGUGCCAGUCUCGGGGAUCACAUUGAACCUGGAGAAGAUGAUGUCACAGAAGAGCGGGGCAGUCAAAGCACUGACAGGAGGCAUUGCACAUUUAUUCAAACAGAACAAGGUGAGGUCUCAACUAUAUAGUUCCUCCGUACAUUGGAAGAGAGAGGCCUAGUUCAUAGCCUCUACCAGGCUUUCACCUCACCUUCUAUAUACAAGCCUGUGGAAGUUCUUGUCAGAAAGAGGCUAAAGAAAGAUGGAUGGUAUCCAAGCCGUUAGCCCCUCCCAACAAUUGGAAUAGGCACGUUCAAACAGAGGCAGAGAUUCUAAACCGAAAGCCAAUCAUUUUCAAUGGUGCCCAUUUUCAAUGGGGUAGUCUCAUUACAACCAAAAAUAAAAUAAAAAAAUCCAUAAAAAAUAAAUAAAGCAUGCUAGCACUGUAAAUGAGCUACAGUCUGGAUAAUUUCCGCUUCUGAAGAGGGAUGGAAGGGGUGGUUGUUUUUGAAAAAUCGCAUAUUUUCACAGCCAAUCAGCGCUCCACUCAUACCUAUUUUUACAAUAUGAACUUCCCCAGGCUCUGGAGAACAAUGUGAGCGAGGCCUGGAGCCGAGCGGAGGCUAAGUUCACACAAAUUACAUAUUUGGGUCACUUUAUGGAUAAAUGACAACUCAUCUAGGCAGCAUCCUAAAAUAUGGGUUAGUUAGUGAGAUUUCACUUCAGCAGGAUUAUAAGCUUGAAACAUCAGUAGCCUGUUUUGACUGUCUGUCUAUCUUUAAAUGGAGGUGACCUUCUAUGGAUAUUACAUUGUCAAUGGACUUGGCCUUUUUCAUGAACCACCUUGCAAUUUGAAUCAAUCACUAAGUUUGAUACCAAAGCAAGCUGUUUUGAGGCUUCCCCCUGGAUUCUUUGUUAGAGUUUGCAAUGAACUUGACCCUGUCUUUAAUUGAUGAUGUAAUGUGGCGGUUUCCCCUCAGGUGACGCACGUGAACGGCUAUGGGAGGAUUACAGGCAAGAACCAGGUGACGGCCACGGCCGAGGACGGCAGCGAGCAGGUCAUCAACAGCAAUAAUAUCCUCAUAGCCACUGGCUCCGAAGUCACGCCAUUCCCCGGGAUCGAGGUACGUUACUGUACUACAGUACUCUUUAGUACUAGUUGGUAGCAGAUGACCAGAUGUUAUUUGUCAUGUAUCAAAGCCGAGUCCUAACUCUCCUAACCCCUGUGUGGUCAGGUUGAUGAGGACACCGUGGUGUCCUCCACGGGAGCCCUGGAUCUGAAGAAGGUCCCUGAGCAGCUCAUCGUCAUCGGCGCCGGAGUCAUCGGGGUGGAGCUGGUGAGGGACGACACACACACAUACACACGAUUACAGCAUGGUCUGUAAAGAGUAGGUGGCAGUAUGAGAAUUCCAACUCUUGGGGGAUAUCUAUUGUCCAGUGUAACAUCCUGUUUGGCCUCUCGUUCUCCAGGGGUCAGUGUGGCAGCGUCUGGGCUCCAAUGUGACAGCGGUGGAGUUCCUGGGCCACGUGGGCGGCAUGGGCAUCGACAUGGAGAUCUCCAAGAACUUCCAGCGCAUCCUGCAGAAGCAGGGUAUUAAGUUCAAGCUGGGCACCAAGGUCAUGGGCGCCAUCAAGAGGCCCGACGGCAAGAUCGAUGUGGCGUGAGUUCCAUCCCCCGGUGGAGUGUGUGUAUAGGGUGGCUCUAGCUGUGGAUGGAAAAAAAAAAUCACUAAGAUGAAUGUUUAGUUAAAAAUAAGUAUGUAUGACCUAGCCCAAACGUAACCGUGUGUUCUUGUUUCCAGUGUGGAGGCGGCUGCCGGCGGGAAGAACGAGACUCUGACGUGUGACGUGCUGCUGGUGUGUAUCGGCAGACGGCCCUUCACCAGGAACUUGGGCCUGGAGAACGUGGGCCUGGAGCUGGACAACAGGGGACGCAUCCCUGUCAACAACCGCUUCCAGACCAAAGUACCCAGGUAGACCUAAACUAUCACACCCCUCUAUGUAAUAUACAACAUACCCCAGGUAGACCCAAACUACCAUUACACCCCUCUGUUAUAUUCAACACCUGCUUUUUCAAUACACACCUACUAUGUUCCAACCAGCUCACCCAGGUCUCUUUCAAAAGUAAGGAAAGCUUGUUACCUCAAGCUUUCCUUACCCAUUUACCAUUCUAUUUAUUCUAUCUCCCUCUGUAGUAUCUAUGCCAUUGGUGAUGUGAUUGCCGGGCCCAUGCUGGCACACAAGGCGGAGGACGAGGGCAUCAUCUGCGUGGAGGGCAUGGCUGGGGGCGGCGUGCACAUCGACUACAACUGUGUCCCCUCUGUCGUUUACACACACCCCGAGGUGGCAUGGGUGGGGAAGACGGAGGAGCAGCUCAAAGAGGAGGUGAUACACACAUCUCCCCAAACCCCUCACACAAACACCCAUAGUUUUGACCAAAUUAAGUAGCGGACAUGGCUUUUAUAUAUAAUAUAAUCACUGGAUCAAUGCCUUUGUUUGGAUUUCAGCUGCUAAAAUAUUGAUUUGUGAUUUUAAAACUACACUGAACAAAAAUAUAAACGCAACAUGUAAAGGGUUGGUCCCAUGUUUCAUGAGCUGAAAUAAAAGAUCCCAGGAAUUUUUCAUAUGCACAAAAAGCUUAUUUCUCUCAAAUGUUGUGCACAAAUUAGUUUACAUCCCUGUUAGUGAGCAUUUCCCCUUUGCUAAGAUAAUCCAUUCACCUGACAGGUGUGGCAUAUCAACAAGCUGAUUAAAAAGCAUGAUCAUUACACAGGUGCACCUUGUGCUGGGGACAAUAAAAGGCCACUCUAAAAUGUGCAGUUUUGUCACACAACACAAUGCCACAGAUGUCUCAAGUUUUGAGGGAGUGUGCAAUUGGCAUGCUAACUGCAGGAAUGUCCACCAGAGCUGUUGCCAGAGAAUUGAAUGUUCAUUUCUCUGCCAUAACCCACCUCCAACGUUGUUUUAGAGAAUUUGGCAGUACGUCCAACCGGCCUCACAACCGCAGACCAUGUGUAUGGCGUUGUGUGGGCGAGCGGUUUGCUAAUGUCAAUGUUGUGAACAGAGCUCCAUGGUGGAGGUGGGGUUAUGGUAUGGGCAGGCAUAACCUACGGACAACAAACACAAUUGCAUUUUAUCAAUGGCAAGAUGACGAGAUCCUGAGGCCCAUUGUCGUGCCAUUCAUCCGCCGCUAUCACCUCAUGUUUCAACAUGAUAACGCAUGGCCCCAUGUCGCAAGGACCUGUACACAAUUCCUGGAAGCUGAAAAUGUCCCAGUUCUUCCAUGGCCUGCAUAUUUACCAGACAUGUCACCCAUUGAGCAUGUUUGGGAUGUUCUGGAUCAACUUGUACGACAGCGUGUUCCAGUUCCCGGCAAUAUCCAGCAUCUUCGCCCAGCCAUUGAAGAGGCAUGGGACAACAGGCCACAAUCAACAGCCUGAUCAAUUCUAUGCAAAGGAGAUGUGUCCCGCUGCAUGAGGCAAACGGUGGUCACACCAGAUACUGACUGGUAUUCUGAUCCGCGCCCCUACUUUUUUUUUUUUUUUUUUUUUAAAGGUAUGUGACCAACCGAUGCAUAUCUGUAUUCCCAGUCAUGUGAAAUCUAUAGAUUAGGGCCUAAUUAAUUUAUUUCAAUUGACUGAUGUCCUUAUAUGAACUAUAACCUGUUGCGUUUUAUAUUUUUGUUCAGUAUAUAUUGAAAUCCCUGCAGGUAUAAGAGUUAGCCACCCUCCCCAAAUUGUUGACUUUCCAAAGGAGCCAAAGUAUCGCAUAUGUAUUAUCAACACGGAAGAGUGACAGUAAAGCAUAACGGUAACCUCAACUCUAUUUCGCAGGGCAUCCCAUACAAGGUGGGCAAGUUCCCCUUUGCCGCCAAUAGCCGAGCCAAGACCAACGCAGACACUGAUGGCCUGGUGAAGAUCCUCGGCCACAAGGAGACAGACCGGAUAUUGGGCGCUCACAUCCUGGGCGCUGUGAGUCAUGCUACCUCUCACCUCGGGCUCCUUAGCAGAGAGAAUUUGGGCUAUAACGUAUGAAGUUGUAUGCUAACUAUGGCGACCUUUGACCCUUGUGCCUAGGGGGCAGGAGAGAUUAUCAACGAGGCGACGCUCGCCAUGGAGUACGGAGCGUCCUGCGAGGACGUCGCCAGAGUUUGCCACGCCCAUCCCGUGAGUUAAACACACACACACGACAGGGGCAGGAACAAAUACACUCAUACAUAUACAGUACCAGUCAAAAGUUUGGACACACCUACUCAUUCAAGGGUAGAAUAAUAGUGAAGACAUCAACUAUGAAAUAACACAUAUGGAAUCAUGUAAUAACCAGAAAAGUGUUAAACAAAUCAACAUAUAUUUUAGAUUUUAGAUUCUUCAAAUAGCCACCCUUUGCCUUGAUGACAGCUUUGCACACUCUUGGCAUUCUCUCAACCAGCUUCACCUAGAAUGCUUUUCCAACAGUCUUGAAGGAGUUCCCACAUAUGCUGAGCACUUGUUGGCUGCUUUUCCUUAACUCUGUGGUCAAACUCAUCCCAAACCAUCUCAAUUGGGUUGAGGUCGGGUGAUUGUGUAGGCCAGGUCAUCUGAUGCAACACUCCAUUACUCUCCUUCUUGGUCAAAUAGCCCUUACAUUUACAUUUUAGUCAUUUAGCAGACGCUCUUAUCCAGAGCGACUUACACACAGCCUGGAGGUAUGCUGGGUCAUUGUCCUGUUGAAAAACAAAUGAUAGUCUCACUAAGCACAAAUCAGAUGGGAUGGCGUAUUGCUGCAGAAUGCUGUGGGAGCCAUGCUGGUUAAGUGUGCCUUGAAUUCUAAAUAAAUCACUGACAGUGUCACCAGUAAAGCACCAUCACACCACCACCUCCAUGCUUCAUGGUGGGAACCACACAUGCGGAGAUAAUCCGUUCACCUACUCUGCAUCUCACAAAGACACGGCGGUUGGAACCAAAAAUCUCACAUUUGGACUCAUCAGACCAAAGGACAGAUUACCACCGGUCAAAUGUCCAUUGCUCGUGUUUCUGGCCCAAGCAAGUCUCUUCUUCUUAUUGGUGUCCUUUAGUAGUGGUUUCUUUGCAGCAAUUCGUCCAUGAAGGCCUGAUUCACGGAGUCUCCUCUGAACAGUUGAUGUUGAGAUGUGUCUGUUACUUGAACUCUGUGAAGCAUUUAUUUGGGCUGCAAUCUGAGGUGCAGUUAACUCAAAUUAACUUAUCCUCUGCAGCAGAGGUAACUCUGGGUCUUCCUUUCCUGUGGCGGUCCUCAUGAGAGCCAGUUUUAUCAUAGCGCUUGAUGGUUUUUGCGACUGCACUUGAAGAAACUUUCAAAGUUCUUGAAAUGUUCCGUAUUGACUGACCUUCAUGUCUUAAAGUAAUGAUGGACUGUCGUUUCUCUUUGCUUAUUUGAGCUGUUCUUGCCAUAAUAUGGACUUGGUAUUUUACCAAAUAGGGCUAUCUUCUGUAUACCCCCCCUACCUUAUCACAACACAAGUGAUUGGAUCAAACGCAUUAAGAACGAAAUAAAUUCCACAAAUUAACUUUUAACAAGGCACACCUGUUAAUUGAAAUGCAUUCCAGGUGACUACCUCAUGAAGCUGGUGUAGAGAAUGCCAAGAGAGUGCACAUGAUUCCAUGUGUUAUUUCAUAGUUUUGAUGUCUUCACUAUUUAAUUUUUUUUUUUUUUAAAUAAUGUGAUGACUCUCUAGAAUCUGACCUUAUUGCCAUGAUCUCAAUAAGUUAUAGCACAAUAUAUUUCAAAUCAGGUAAUUGCACAUUUCAGUCUGAAGGAAGUAUGCUUUGGAGUGAUUGAAAUGCAUCAGGAAGGUAUUGGGAAUUUCAGGAAAACAUCAGGGAUGAUCAAACAAUCUUAUGUAUGAUCGUUUGUGGAGAAUCAAUUUAGUUCCCUCAGUUAUUCUGUACAGAUUCAUCUCUAAUUUCUAACGAGUCCUGCACCGCUUGUAUCAUAGGUUGAAACAGAAAACAUGCACAUGUUCCAUAGUCUUAGUUUUCAGGGAUGGGGUCAUUGUCGGUAAUAGAUUCAACCGUUCAAAAUCUAGAGGUAAAUUUGUAGGAAGAAAAUUAUUUGAAGAUGUGCUAGAAUCGCUUUUACUGCUCCGUUUGUCCCAGCCCCUAGUAAGGUUAUUCAAGUAACCACGGUUCUGAAGUAAGCGGCGCAUUCAGCUGACUGAGGAAGACGCAACACAUUCUUUCAAUCAUUGCGCGGAUCUCGCGGCAAUAAUAUAAGGCUGUUAGUGGCUAGGCCCUAUAUCAUUCAAAUGCACACACAUCCACAUUUGUGGAACCACACCACCCACCUGUCAAUCUAACCUCCUUUUCUUCCAUCCAUCCCUCUUUUCCAGACUGUGUCCGAGGCCUUCAGAGAAGCAAACCUCGCAGCCUCCUUCGGGAAAGCUAUCAACUUUUAACUGCCGUCUUAGCUCUCACAGCUGUGUACAUAACCGUUCUGUCCACGACGUCCCCAACCAAGAAAUAUCUGUCCACAAGCAACGCACACACUCUAGGAGGGGGGCACGGAAUGUACUGUGACCCCCUCUGCUCCGAUUAGGGGGCUCCUCUGUAUACAUACAUAGAAAACAAAGACAAACCUUGUACCACGUUAAGUAUGUUAUUUAAAUGUUCUCAAUAAACAGGUUUGGGUGGUAAAAAUGGACCGGAGAUCAGUCUUUUUGACUUUCUACAUUGGAGGUGUCUUGGAUGUUGCACACUGCAAAGGUUCGCUGCUAUAUCAAAUAACAAACUAUAUAUA